GACUCUUCUCAAGUAGGAAUAUUACAUUUAUUCCUCUGGUCUAAUGAUAGAGUUAGUAUUAGAAUUAGGUUGAUAUUACAAAGUAUUAGAUUGUCGCUCAUCAUAAGGAGUAAUAUCCUGAAGGUCAGACAUGUUUAAAACUCUUCCAGAAGCAAUAAGGUUAUGCUCAUUUGAGGUGGUCAUUCAUUGGCCAGUGAACUAGACCCCAGAGACCCAGGAAAUGAGCCAGAUCCAUGCCUGCUUUCAUGAAGCUUACAAUCUAGUAGCAGAGACAGAUAAUAAACAGGCAAAACAAAUGAAUUACAGAUUGUGAAAAGGGCUUGAUGGCAGUAAACAGGCUGUUGUGGUGGGGACGAAGCACAGGAUGACACCACAGUAGGAUGUUGUAAACAAAUCCCAAGUAGCAAGUUGGUAUCUGCAUCCCCAAGUAGGGUCUCUUCUAAUCCAAAGAAUCUGUGAUUAUGUGACUAUCUCCAUAUCUGGGGUGGGAAGUGACGGGUAUAUGCCUUCCACUACUCUUAGUGUGUUCUCAGAAGUCCAUUGGGCUAAAAAAGCUUUUCCAGAACUCAAGUGGUAGGGUAGAAACAGCUCCCAAAAAAUUUCAGGGUUAAGUGAAUCUUCAAGAAGCAAUUGUGGUGGUAAGUAACUGGGGACGGGGCUCCUUCCGCACCCAAAAAUACCUCGACCUAUAAAGGACAUUUUUGAAGGAACAAUGCUAUCUGUUUCAACUUGCCUUCUAAUUGUAACAGGCUUUAUUAAUAUAAUUAAAACCAAAGCAAAUACAUUUAACUAUCAAAAAGAAUCAUAUUUGCUUUAAAAAAAGAAGAAGAAGAAGAAAAGAUUACCCAAUGGUUAAAAACCCAACUAUGUGCAUGAGCGGCCCGUAAGUGAUGUUUUUUUAGUAUCUGUUCUCAAGUUGGGAUUUUUAAAGUAAGAAAGAAUAUAUAUUGUUUGUAAUUUUAAAAAAUAACUUCAAACCCCCCAACUUAUUUUAACAUUACCCCAAUUUUGAUUGAAUUGGAUGUUUGGCAGGCAAAAGUCUAAAUUAUUUUUCUGAAGUUCAGCUAAAAUCUAACCUCAGCAUCGUGGAGAUGAGGAGAUCACAGGACCAAAAACAGAAACAUACCAAAAUCCCAGCGUCUAAUUAUUUACUUUCGGGAUAUUUUCAUUCCAGACAUAUUCCUGAUAUGGAAAUGUUGAUGGGAGAAAGGAGAAAGGCAGAAGACUGUCCUACCUAGAUCUUAACAACAGCAUUUAAAAUCACCCUAAGAGUGAUUGGCAUGGUCUCAUUCUCUCUACCUGUCAUCUUCCUCUGUGGUUAGAAGUGGUUUAUGUAAUAAGAUGGGGGCCACAGCCUAAGGUUAUACAGGAAAAUGUUAAAAAUAAGAGGUCACCCAUGUUAUCUUCACUUACAGAAAUGUGCAUUUAUUAGCCAAUACUCUGAUUUAGGACCAGGGCCCUCAUUAGGGAAGUGAAUGGAGUUUACAUCAUCUUUCUUGCAUGAAGCACAGCUAUCAUACGUCAUCUACAAUUUCCAUUUAGGGUGCAAAAACAACAUAAAGACACUUGAAAAGCAAUCUGAGUUGGAAAAUCCUAGAUUUUAUAAUUUUUCCCAAAUAUUUUAGUUGUUAAUUGCCCUAAUUUGACAGUGACUUAUUCUGUAAUAACCCACCUUUAUCAAAUCAUUCCAAAGGAUUUAACUUAGGUUCCCAAGAAAUAGUCUUAUUUUUGAAGUUUAUCAUUUUCCUAUAAGAUGUAGUUAAACUAUGUAUUGACAGCAGAUAUGAAAUGAUAGGAACUGUUUUGUGGACCAUCAAGGUUGAGUUGUGGUAAGCAUGUAAUUCAGCUGGUGGAAGGAGAAGCACUCGGAUAUGCUGGGGAGUAAUUCACGGGCCGUGGGCUUUUGGUGUGCUUUGGGCUGCAGCCAGGACAUUGUACCCACUAAAAAGAGAACAUCAGUUAAUCCUGAGAUUACUUAUGGGGAUUUUCAUUAAAAGACCUUCUGCUAUAUAAUUUAAGUGGCAGGCAACUGUCAACUCAGAAUUUGGGGUUAACACCUCACCAUAUUUUUAAUCACUUCUAAACAUUAUUUAGAACAAUAUAAUAAAAUGUUAAUGAGAGGUACCAGAAGCCAUCAUUGACACAGUUACCCAGAUGAAUGAGUUAGGAUACUUAACGUUACUUUUGCAUUUGUUGUACAACUUCCUGUUUGCAAGUAGAUGAGCCGAGCCUUCUUUAUGACCAUUGACAUCUAUCUUUAUGACAUAUGACUAUGUAAUUGAAUGUUCCAAGGUUAUAUACCCAGAAAUAAACCCAGAUUCUUAGUGAGGAUGAUUGACUGAGACACACAAGGAUCAACCCAAGAAUUUGAUUCUGGCUCUUCCUUUGGCUCCUGCAGAGAAGCUUUAGGACCUAACUAAAAACAUUUGCAGAACCAUCCCUGCAGGCUACUCAGAUGAAGUUGAAAAGAGCUCGACUAGCGGAUGAUCUGAAUGAAAAGAUUGCUCAAAGACCUGGUCCUAUGGAGCUGGUAGAGAAAAACAUCCUUCCUGUAGACUCCAGUGUUAAGGAAGCAAUUAUAGGCGUUGGGAAGGAGGACUAUCCUCAAACUCAGGGCGAUUUCUCAUUUGACGAAGACAGCAGUGAUGCUCUGUCUCCAGACCAGCCAGCCAGCCAGGACUCGCAGGGGUCCGCCGCUUCCCCGACUGAGCCAAAAGUUAGUGAAUCGCCGUCUCCCGUGACUACAAGCACUCCAGCCCAGCAGUUUACUUCAGUGUCCCCAGCAGUUCCUGAAUUCUUGAAAACUCCUGCUCCGGAUCAGCCCCCGACCAGGUCCCCCGCUCCUGUCCUCCCCACAAACACCGUGUCCUCAGCAAAGCCUGGCCCGUCGCUGGUGAAGCAAAGCCAUCCCAAGAACCCUAACGACAAACACCGGGGCAAGAAGUGCAAAGAUCCCAAGCCGCGGGUGAAGAAGCUCAAGUACCACCAGUACAUCCCGCCCGAUCAGAAGGGGGAGAAGAGCGAGCCCCAGAUGGACUCCAACUACGCCCGCCUGCUCCAGCAGCAGCAGCUGUUCCUGCAGCUCCAGAUCCUGAGCCAGCAGCAGCAGCACUACAACUACCAGACCAUCCUGCCCGCGCCGCUCAAGCCACUCAAUGACAAAAAUAACAACAGUGGGAAUUCGGCUCUGAACAGCACCACGCCUAAUACACCAAGACAGAAUCCAUCUGCUUCCGUGAGAAAGCCGGGGCCCCUGCCUUCUAGCCUGGAUGACUUAAAGGUGUCGGAACUGAAGACGGAGCUGAAGUUACGGGGUCUUCCGGUGUCGGGCACCAAACCGGACCUCAUCGAACGCCUGAAGCCCUACCAGGAAGUGAACAGCAGCGCUGUUGCUGCCGGCGGCGUCCUGGCGGUGCCAGCGUCUGCCAUCGUCGCCAGCAACCCAGAAGUCACCGUGGCACUGCCGGUGACAACGCUGCACAACUCCGUGACGAGCUCAGGCCCCUCUUUCAAGGCAGAGUUGCCGCCUGCCGGAAGCAGCAACGUCGCCCACGCCGAGAGCGUCAGCUCCCCCCUGCCCAUCUCGCCUUCCCCCUCCGAGCAGUCCAGUCUCGGGACCGAGGACACAAGCAUGGCAGACACGUUCACCGAGAUCAUGACCAUGAUGUCUCCCGCGCAGUUCCUGUGCUCGUCGCCGCUGAGAGUGACGGGCAGCGAGGACAGCCCGAGUCCCGCCAGCAGCACGCUGUCGAGUCUGGAACUGGACGCGGCCGAGAAGGACCGCAAGCUGCAGGAGAAAGAGAAGCAGAUCGAGGAGCUAAAGAGGAAACUGGAACAGGAGCAGAAGCUCGUGGAAGUUCUGAAAAUGCAGCUUGAGGUUGAAAAGCGAGGGCAGCGGCAGCAGCAGCAGCAGCCGCUGGAACCCCAGCCCGGCGCCGCGGCCAGCUCGGCCGGCAAGUUAGAUCCGAAGCAUGGCGGCGUGGGCUCCCCCGUCAAGGACGAGACCGCGCUGCCCGACUGCUCCAGCCCCAGGCGGCCUGGCCCGCUGGCCAGCCAUCCUGUGGGCCAGCCUGUCUCGGCGGGCGGCCAGACCCUGGUUGCCAAAAAGGCCGUAGUGAUCAAGCAGGAGGUCCCCGUGGCCCAGGCCGAGCAGCAGAGCGUCGUCCCACAGUUUUACGUGAGUUCCCAGGGACAGCCGCCGCCUGCCGUUGUCGCUCAGCCUCAGGCUUUACUGACCACACAAACCGCUCAGCUGCUGCUGCCGCUGUCCAUCCAGGGCUCCAAUGUCACCUCAGUGCAACUCCCAGUAGGCAGCCUCAGACUCCAGACUCCACCACAAGCAGGAAUCCAGACUCAGACUCAGCCGCAGACAGCAGCCACCACCCUGUCCUCAGGCUUAGCCCAGACCGUACCUCAGAAGCAAGAAGCUUUCACGCCACAUGUGCUCAGUCAGCCUCAGCAAGUUAGAAAGGUUUUCACGAACUCGGCAUCAAAUUCAGUUCUUCCGUAUGAGAGACCACCUGCUCCAGCGGUCCAGCAGCCCUUUGUGAACAAGACCUCCACCAGUGUUCUUCAGUCCAGAAGCGCACCACUUGCCUCCCUGCAGAAUGGACCUACCGCUUCCAACAAGCCUAGUUCGCCCCCUCCACCCCAGCAGUGCGUCGUCCAGCACUCCCUGUUUGGGAGCCCGGUCCCCAAGACAAAAGACCCUCCCCGCUACGAGGAGGCCAUCAAGCAGACACGUGGUGCCCCGUCCUCCCUUCCAGAGAUUUCCAGUGCACACAGUCAGCAGAUGGACGACCUCUUUGAUAUACUUAUCAAGAGUGGAGAGAUUUCCCUCCCUAUAAAAGAAGAGCCUUCUCCCAUUUCCAAAAUGAGACCAGUGACAGCCAGCAUCACCACAAUGCCAGUCAACACGGUGGUGUCCCGGCCCCCGCCCCAAGUCCAAAUGGCACCACCCGUCUCCUUAGAACCCCUGAGCAGUUUAUCUGCCAGCUUAGAGAACCAGCUAGAAGCUUUCUUGGAUGGAACUUUACCUUCGGCCAACGAAAUUGUUCCCCUGCAAAGCAGCAGUGAAGACAGAGAGCCCUUCUCUCUGAUCGAGGACCUCCAAAAUGACUUGCUGAGUCACUCAAGUGUGCUGGACCAUUCACACUCACCCAUGGAGACUUCUGAAGCCCAGUUUGCUGCAAGUACCCCCUGUCUGUCACUUGACCUCUCUGACUCAAACUUAGACAACAUGGAGUGGCUGGACAUUACCAUGCCCAACACGUCGGGACUCACUCCCCUCAGCGCCACCGCUCCCAGCAUGUUCUCCACUGACUUUCUAGAUCCACAAGACCUGCCGUUGCCAUGGGACUAACAUCACAGAUUUCUCGUCCGAGUUCCUGACGUCUAAGAAGAUGAAGAUCGUUCUGAAGAGGGCAGUUUUUAGAGACAGAUCCAUAGUGGCGUUGUUGCAAUUAAAAUAUGUUGUCAUAGAAAGGGUGGCUAGAUGGUCACAGCCUGGAAACCAAGUGUGAAAACAUGUCAUUGCAUCCGGCGGUGAAUUUCUACAAUUUAACAUAGCACGGGGCCUUCUGAAAAAAUCGCUGGUCAAAGAAGACUCAUUCGUUUUUCCAGACUUCAGUAAAGAAUGCAGAGUACCUUUAGAUAAAGACAUGACAGAGAGUGACGUGUGCAGGAUAACUACAUGAGGGUUCUCCGUCAACUACAUUUAAAUCUCUGUGGUCACUUUAAGACCCCAAAUAGAAGGCAGACGGCUCCACUCACAAGAGGAUGCCAGUUGAGGGAGGUGAGAGGUCACUGCACGUGGUGUUUCCUAGAAAUGGCCUGAGCCUGGUCAGGCAGCACAGGCAGUGGAGAGAGAGCGGCAGCCAGUUCCGGGACAGCUUCCAGCUGAAGAUUUUCGGUUCCAUUCAGAAACCAACAUAAUUUUUUGUGUGUUGUAGUUUAUUUUGUGGUUUGGGGAAUCUUACUUUAGAUUCCCAAAUUUCAAUUCAAAUGGAUGAUCUUUCACCAUCACCAGACAAUGUAAAACAAAAAACAAAAAACAAAAAAACGGUCAUAAACCACUGUACAAAGUCCACAUAUAAUGAAUGAUAACACUGAAAAUUCUAUUAGCAGCCCUCAGGGUUGAUCAGAUUGAUUUUCAUGUGUAUAUUAGACACUUGUAUGUACACUCUCACAUGUGGUAUGUACAGCCUACACUGGGGUAAGGGAGUGGGCAGCCAGCGGUUCUACUUGUUUUAAUAACUCGAAUAUUUCUAGAGUACUUGAGCCAUGUGUAUUUCUGUAUUUAAAGAAAAGCUGACUGAUUUCAGGUAACCAGACCCAUCUCAAAGAACCCAGGAGGCUCCAGUGUGAACGGUCCUCCUGAGCUGGUGAGUUGCAAAGAGAGGGCAGGGGAGAAGGCUGUGGUCAGCCGGGACAUUCCUGCCGCGGCUCCGAGUUACACUCUCACCAGGCUGGCCGCCAGGCCCCAGCUCUGGCCGCCUCUCCUGUCGCUUUUCCCUGCCUGUCAUUUUAUAGGCUUGUAACUGGAUGUCAUACCCGAGUUCUCGCUAUAUUAUCAGGCCGAAGAUUGAAAAACUGGAGGUUUUAGUAGUUUUUUUUUACGUAGAAGUUGUCACGUUUGUUGAGUAGUUUCCGAAGAGUUUUCUAAAAUGCCAACGAUCACAGGACUUCCAAAAUUAGGUCAAGCUAGUCAUUUAAGUAGACGAUAAAAUGUAAAUAACUGAAGAAAAACCCUGCAAUCUACCAAAAAGCGUGAAGGUGUUUGUUAAAUACCAUUGUCAUGCUCUACGCCUCGCUUUGUGUGAACCCGAGGGUCAGGUUGAUCUCUCUGGGUCGUGAGGUGGUGAUAUCCCCACAGUGACGGGGGAAGAGCCAGCCUGACCCACUGUCUGGAAAGAACUGGGGAGUCACUGCCGGGUUUGCGUUCUGCCGCAGAGCCGACCUCCUUUCAGAUUUUUAUUUUGGUUUCUCGAUCUUACUACCUGCAAGGAAAGUUUGUUUUUCCCGUAUCCGGUCGCCCCGCACACUGCAGCCCUCUGUGAGGUGGCACUUCCCAAGUUGAAAGCACUUCUGAGUGGUUCGAGGCAGAAACGGUUAUGCUCAGUGUGGUCUGAGUGAGUAGUUGAGAUGGCGAGGAACUGGCAGGCCGGCGCAUGCAAUCUAGAAACUUCGAAGCAGGAUGUACCCGUGAGCAAGGGCGAGGGCGCCAGCCGCCCUCUGGGGACGGAGGGCCCGUUCGCUCGGGCAGGCGCUUCCUCCUCUCAGGGGAGGUAAUGGCUCGGGGCUUCACUCAGAUUGAAACGAGGCUUACGAGGUUGGCACCCGGCAUCGUGGGACUGCAGGGGACGGUGGCGCCGCCUCGUGCCGCGGCGCCACCUUGUGCCCCGGCCCCGCCGCCCGCCCCCCGCUUCCGUCACCCUGAGCCGCGCGCACACGGGGUGUCCCAGCCCUCAGCAGCCUCUUCGCUCUCCUCAAACAGGGUUUGAAACACGCCCCAGGAAGGCCGCUCUCCGAAAUACAGCCGCGGCGGCGCGGAGAAGGCCGUCUCCCCAGCCUGCUCUCUGCCCGCCACGCACCGCGAAGGUGCCCGCUUCACACGUGCGUUCUCGCCGUCACGUGCAGGGCUUCCUCGGAAGGGAAGGCGAGGAGGCUCCCGUUCGGGGCUCCGCCGGCCUCCCGCUCGCACCAUUCCUUCGGGGCCCGGCCAGGGCGGCGAGCCCGGCGUCCGUGCCGUGGGGGCGGCCGCCCGGGGUCCCCGCUCCACGUUCUACGUUAGAGGGAGGACACGGAACGUGGGCCGCGUGUGAGGAGACCAAAGAGGACACGGAAACGAGGCCCCUGACCUGAGUCUGUGGACGCGAUGCGAAGCGCGACGGGAAGGCUGUGCAGUCCAGAGGACUACUGUUACUGGACUACUACUGGGGGGGGGGGGGGGGAGUCUCACGGCCAUCGAAGCCCAGGGCAGGGGGGCGGCGGACGUUCGGUGUGAACGCCUGUAGCGUAGACGUCGUGCGCAGCGUCGUGCGUCAUGCGUCGUCCUGCAGACUGCCAUUGGCCAAGGAAACGGCCGGCUCCGGGACGUACGCGUUUCCUCACAUCCACGCUUCCUUCCCUAAAUGUUCCUGAAACACGACAGAACCAAGCUUGCCUUUCUAGUGUACGCAGUUCUUUCUUGGUCACGUCACUGGGCGGCCGGACGAACAGAAAGUGACACCGAAGCGUCUCCAGCCUUUGGAAGCCCAGGGGCACGUGGGCACCUUGUCCAUCUCCGCAAAGCGCGUCUAGGGAGCCGCUGCAGGCGGGUCGUUGGUGGUUCACGUUCUAGCAUUCUCCUGAAUCGUGCAAUCUACUGUACAGUAUUUGCCACCUAUUUGGACAAAGACACGGUCUCAAUUCGUGGGAUUUCUUGCUCGGAUGCUUGGUGUUUCAUAGGACUAUUUUUAUAGCACUAGAGAGAUCUCAUUUCAGUUCCCUUUCUAAACUGCACGGUUCUGUGACCCACGUAACUGAGGCUGGAGGAGGUGCGGUUUUGGAACAGGGGCGAAGGUAGCCUGGUGUUGCCUCCCAGCUGCCGCCUCCUGAAAGCAAAGUCAUGGUAAUAAGAUAGCGCCACGGAACUGUGCAGUCAGCGUAUCGGCGGCGUGUUGCCCAUCCUGUCACCAAAGUCGACUCAGGCUUCCUCUGCCCUUUCAACCCCAAUCAUUCCAGGCCACACGGCUCUCUUCAGAGCCCUUUCAGAAUUCCCAGGCGGAAAGCAGCCACAGGAGCUGGCCAAGCAGCCGUCCCCGCAAGUGAUGGGACAGUCCCUCUAGUCUGCCAACACACUGGGCCACAGAGAAGCGGUGAGGGCAGUGGGCCCGCCUGGCCUCAUCGGGCUCCUGCCUGCGGUGGGGCAGGGGGAGGCUGGGGCGGGCGGGGGCGGGGGGAGCCUGUGGCACCACCAGGGACUUGUUAAGAGAAGUUCGGGGAGAACAGCUGUCCAGUGUCUACCAACAGAGCAACACAGGCCGUUUAUCCAGAUCCACAAGUAACCCUCCAUUUUCCGCCAUCCGGCCCUGCCGACGUGUGCAGGCUGGCUCCUGGCGCCAGAGCCGGCUACCACACAAACUGUCCACCACCCUGGAGGCCACGCAGCCCACACCGUCAAAGAACAUUAAGUGGAAGGUCAGGUUUAUCAGGGAGCACAGCUUACAAGGGCAGAGAUGCGGAUUGGGAGAGCAUCCUACCUGCGCAUCAGCUCAUCCUCUGAGUGGUUUCAGUCAAAACUGGAAAAUCACCAGAAGCAGUAAUUCUCUGUCCUGGUCCCCACCCUCGCUCACUCACCGUCCGUCCGGGCUGCCUUUCUCAUGUGUGAAGUGACUGCCCGCAUGACACCCAAGAGGGGUCUGUGUCUUCCCCACUCACUCCCCCUGGCCAACCUGCCUGCAGAGCUGAUUCGAAGCCCACGCUUCAUAAAGCUGCACGUUUACAGAGUGCUCAUCGCCCCCCCCCCCGCCCCCCCACUACACACUGCUCUGCUAGUUACCAGCCAGAAAGGUCACAAUUCUGUGACACGAGGAUGGCGGUCUCAGACCAAAGGUGCUGUCUGGAAUCAAAACAGGCCACUGGCGAUUAUCAGCACAGCUGUUGUGUUGAACAGAGCUUUGUGCCAACUACUAAGACAAAGCUUUAACCCAGUUCACAGAAUCACCGAGACUUGUAACAGUUACCUCUCUUCAUGAUGCUGUAAGGAGACUUGCUAACUUGGUAGGAAGAGGGAGCAUUUAGGGAAGGGUUUAGUAUCUACCAAAAGUACUUAACCUCAAGUAACCAGUAGUAAUGCAAACUCGCUUUAAAGGAACCAAAGGCAUUGCCAAGUAUUUGCCAAAAGGAGGCACUUUUUAUUUAAAAUUUGAGACUAACGAGCUCUCAAGAAUCAGUCCCAAAAAGGUAUUAUCCAUUUAAGGUUAUAGUUUUCACAAAGAUGUAGAUAUUUCUCUGUUGUUUUCAUGUAAAAUAGUAUAGAUUUGUUUUGUUGGUUUCAGAAGAAUGCAUAUUUAGUAGUAAUACAGAGUUUCUUCCUAAGUACAGGUUAGUUUCCUUUUUUUCUUGCUUGCAGUAGAAACACAGCGUGAUAGGUGUUUCUCUUCUUAUUUUCAUUGUCACAUCAUGUCUUAGCAUCUCACUUUAUGAAAACAAGGAGAAAGAUACCCAUCUACAGAGCCCCGCUUACUAAAGCACUAGCCUAAUAAAAAAAUUAUGGCAAUCGGGGGGUCCAUUCAUGUACUGCCUUUAUGUUGUUUUUUAAAAGAAAAACCAUGAUGCCUUUGUAUUUGCUGUUUGCACCCCUGAAAUCAAUUCCGUAUCAUGUCUGAACGCCAUACAUUUUGCACAUGUCCUGUACAUAGGCAACGCAUACUGUAUUUUUAUAUGUGUGCACACUGAUCGUCAGAUCUUUUGUACAUAGUGGCAGUAUUGUAGCCGAUCGGGAAACGUUUGAUAUCUCAGCAAUUUUGCAUUUUUUGUGUCUCAAAUAAAAAACAUUUUGAUGUA